CGCUCGGUGGUCGCGUUACUGCCGCUGCGCCGCCUCGCAUGACGCUCCCGUUAUCUCUACCGGAGCUCGCCGGAGCUGGGCGUGAAUGAAACCGGCGCGCCCGAAGGAGGACCGGCGCAGAGCGGCCCCGGGGUUUCAGCGUUGCGUCCCCGCAGACCAGAGGUGGGCAACAACAACACAACCGACCGGGAUCCGAAUGCCAUCUCUGUCGGAGCAGCUGCAGGAGGUGCGGAGUCGGACUGAAGUGUGUCUGUACUCCGGCGGCAGGGUGGUGGAGGUGCGGGUCGGGGUGAUGGCGAUGGCAAAUCUGCCCUUGCCGCCCUGCUCCAAAUACUGCCACAUCACCGCGGAAACCAUGGUGAUGGAAAACAGCUUGGGCAGCAACAGGAAGGAGACUCUGGCAUCUCUCCAGCACUUGUCGACAGCGUUGAACAUCCUGGAGAAGUAUGGCUGUAAUUUGACAAAUCCCAACAGGCCAAAGUACUGGAGGACUGUGAAGCACAACAACCCUGUGUUCAGGGCCACCGUCGACGCCAUUCAGGGAGGACGAGCAGUGCUCUGUCUCUAUGGCUACUCCAAUCAGCAGCCAGAUGGGCUCAGCUUCCCCGAUGAUGUCAUGGAUCCUAACGUGGGCUGCGUUGCUGCGGUGACGCUAGAAGUGAUGAGUCUGAGGAUGGAGCUCGAAAUGCUUAUUAAGGAGGCUCAUCCCCACCCUGAGUUCUACGAGAGAAUCAUUCCCACACUGAGACACAAGGAUGUGGGUCUCAACACCGAUGCUGUGAUCUGCCACUUCUCCCCGACGCCCCCGUGCCACUCAGGCGGCCAGACCAAGUCUCUGGCCUUCCCCCUCCACCAUCACUCCUCCAGGGAGAGCGGCCGUGGCCUCUCCCUGUCCUCCAACCACCAAGGUCUCAAGUCCAUUCAGGUCUUGCCCACCUCCUCGAACAAGCACCCAGAGAACUGCACUAUCUGUGGGAUUUUCCGCAUCUCUGCCCACUGCCUCACCUGCCUCCAGGGGCUCUGCUCAGAGUGUGACCGGCUGUACCACUCCUACCCCGAGAGGGCCAACCACCGGCGAACAGCCGUCUCGUCAUCGUCAUUGUCGUCGUCGUCGUCGUCAUCGUCGACGACCUCGUCCCAGAACAAGAGGAGUCAAAGUUCUUCCACCUGGCGUUGCCUUCACUGCACCAAAGUCAACUCCCUGCAGGAUGUGCUGUGUGAGGAGUGUGAGCGGCCUCGGCUGGAGCUGAGCAGCUCCAAAGCAGAUGAAUCUCAGCCCGCCACCAUCACUGAGUGGAAGUGUAAAAGCUGCACCAUGGUGAACGCAGCCAGCAGUAUUCUGUGCAACGUGUGUGAGAGACCUCGUCUGGCCACGCGACCUCCAGUGACCCCGUCACACCCGCCCAUCACCCCCCCCAGACCUCCAGCACCAGUACUGGGCAUGCCCGGUGACCCUGACAGCCAGUGGGUGUGUCAGUUCUGCACCUAUCUGAACUACUCUCCCGCUACGGUGUGUGAGAUGUGUGACCUGGCUCGCCCGGAGCCGGCCCCCCUGCCCACGAAGCUCCGCCCCCCCUCCCCCGUCCGACGGGUCCCGGCGCUGCCGAUCAAACCCAAACAGCCCGCCCCCGAAGACCUGGACUCCUGGAGGCAGAGGCUGAUGAAGGACGAGGGACUGAAGCUCAUUCAGCUGAUCAGAGACGGGGAGAAGAAAGGAGUGAGUCCAGAGGAGGUGUACACCAGCAGGACGGUCGCGGGCCACAGCAGCACCCUGCCGUGCAAGUGGUUGAAGACGGAGCUCCCUCUGCUGCUGGACCAGAUCAGCACGGCGGCGGCGGCCCUUCAGUCCGCCUGCGAGCGCACAAGCAGGCCGCGUGAAGCUCCCGCCGAGGACGCCGGGAAAGAAGCGGAGACGACCGCGAGCGCCGUCCAGCUGUCCAGAGCGGAGGCCAAGCAGGCCUGGCUGGCAGCAGCGGGCGCCACCGAGCGAGCCGCCAGGCAAGCUCUGAGGGACCGACUCGCCAAGGUGAAGGAGCUGUGUGCGCUGGGCUUCAGCGACGAGGCCCGCUGCCACGAGGUGUUGAGGCAGAGCGGCGGGGAGGUGAGGGGGGCUCUGGCCCUGCUGCAGAGGCCGCUGCUGGAGCCUUUCCACAAGCACAUCUGGAGUGACAAGCCUGAGCCGGCCGUGGACAUCCAUCACCCGGACAAACAGCGCAUAUGCCGGCGGUUACUCGCGGUGUACGACCUCCCCAGCUGGGGCCGCUGUGAGCUGGCGUUGUCGCUGCUCCUGGAGCACAGCGCCCCCUACUCACUGGAGGACGUGGUGCAGGCUGUGCGAGAGUCCCACGACCGGGAGUUCAUCAAGCGAGUGCUGGCUAAAGAGUGUCCCAUCUGCCUCUCCGUCUUCCCCCACAGCAAGAUGCAGUCUCUGACGUCGUGCCAGUGCUCCGUGUGCUGCGGCUGCUUCCAGCAGCACUUCACCAUCGCUGUGAGGGACAAACACAUCAGAGACAUGGUGUGUCCGGUCUGCUGGGAGCCGGACAUCAACGACCCCGAACACCUCAACAGCUACUUCUCCACCCUGGACAUCCAGCUGCGAGAGUGUCUGGAGCCUGAAGUCUACGAGCUGUUCCACAAGAAGCUGACGGAGCAGGCGCUCAUCAAGGACCCCAAGUUCCUCUGGUGCUGCCAUUGUUCGUAUGGGUUCAUCUAUGAUGGAGACCAGCUUAAAGUCACCUGUUUUCAGUGCCGCAACAGUUUCUGUGCUCAGUGUAAAAAGCCUUGGGAGUGCCAGCAUGCAGGUCUGUCAUGUGACCAGUACCAGUCCUGGAAGAGAGAGAACGAUCCGGAGUACCAGAGGCAGGGCCUGGCCGGAUACCUGCGAGACAAUGGCAUCACCUGUCCUAACUGUCGUUUCCAGUAUGCUCUGUCUAAAGGAGGCUGUAUGCACUUCUGCUGCUCUCAGUGUCGUUACCAGUUCUGCAGCGGCUGCAACAAUCCCUUCCACACGACGUGUGCGGUGGACGAGUGCAGUGUGUCUGGACUACACGCCCAUCAUCCCAGAGACUGCCUCUUCUACCUGAGAGACUGGGAACCCAGCAGACUGCAGGCUCUACUACAGAAUAACGGCGUGGCCUUCAACACUGAACCGCCUCCUGGAACACAGACGGGUCUGUGUGGCGUCGUGGAGCAGAAGGAUGAGGGCGGCCAGCAGCCGGACUCGGCCUGCGGGGCUCAGACCCAGCCCGGACACGCCGAACUGUGCGAGAAGCAUUACCGGGAGUACCUGGUCAGCCUGAUCAACAGCCACUCCAUCGACCCCGCCCGCCUCUUCAGCUCCAACGAGCUGCUGCUGGCCUGCAGGAGGUACAAGGUGGAGGACGGCCGGCGGGACGGGGAGGACAGCGCCACCUACUGCAGCCAGCUGCUCCAGAAACUGAUGGAUGAAGUGCCGCUCGGCGACAAGGUGCCACGCAAGAAGUAACGGAUCACUUCCUGUUUCCUGCAUGCUGACUUUUCAACUCAGCUGAAAGACACUGAAGCGGCAGCAGCUUCCUUUGUGUUGUGGGUCUGUAAAUAUGAACUUGUGUUCCACUGAUCUCUGAAGCUCUGACUGGAUGCUGUUGGUUAACUGAUCCAGCGCUGAGCUCCAGAAAAUGGCAGAUUAAUUCAUAAAGGACAAGAAGAAGACCAGGAGAUAUGCAGCUGAAAUUCAUUUUUAAAAGACAGUUAACAAUUAAAUAAACAGCAAAAAGUGGAGAUGAUAUAUUUUUUACGAAGGUAUUCUGACCAACAUCAAUUUGGCAAUGUUUUGAUUUACUGGGAGCUAAAUCGGUGAAAUCAGUGAGAUCAGUGUCCAACUAGAUGUGACACCUAUCAUGGAACUCUAAAUCUCUCCUUUGAUCUUCAUUACUCUUCACUCUAUUGUAAAAUCUGCAUAUUUUGUCAGUACAUUUCUUUUUCUGAGGAUGGAGCAAGUCAUGACCCGCCUCCCUCUGCUUCUGAUUGGCUCGUAGCAACAUGUGUUGGGUGAGGUCAAAGUUGCUCUGGAACAAAGAUGACGUAUUACACUGUCCACUUCCUGUCCUGAAGUGGGCGUGGCCUUGGCCCCUCGUCUUGUUUGGGGGCGUUGUGUGACUGGACUAAAGCAGUAGUGGGUUAGUGUAAGAAUAUCAAGCGCAAGCCAAUCAGAAGCCGAGGGGGGCGGGUCCUGCAUCCUGUAGACAUGGACAGCAGCACGACCAAUCAGACGUCGUUUACAUCGGAUCCUCACAAACUGAAUCCGCUCCGGAGCCAUGCGGCACACGGUUACCGUGCCAACCCCCCCCCCCACCACCACCCUACCACGGUUAAAAGUGAACCAGCAAUGUGACCCCACUCACUCCAGGAUGGACGCCCCCAGGUCUCCAUUACGUUUCAUGGAAUGUGUCAAACUGAAUAAUCUUGACAUGUUCUAACCCGACACGCGUUGUAUCGACGGAUUCACAGGAGACGCUCGUCGUUGCGUUCGUGGUUGCAAAGCGGAUCGUUUGAUUGGGCGAAUGUGAACUCGCGUAGGACGGGUUUGUCACCUGAAGAAGAUGUAAAAAAGUAAAAAGGAAUAUUUGUUUCGGGAGUUUUUCUUCUUGAAUACUUUGAGUGGUCGAGCUGAGAGAUGAACCAGAAGUGUAAACCCCCCCGCCGGCGUGCAUGAGGUGGUUCCGUCCUCUGAAUAAACGCUCUUUGUGGCCACCCCCCCCCCCC